AGGAAUUCUGGGUCAGGUAGAUACAGAAAUCUCUUUACUUUCGAACCUUACGUUCGUCAGCUGAGUCAUGCUCCUAGUUAAGCUCUGUUAGGUAUCGCCAAAAUGUAUUCUUUAAUACAGAGAAACUCUUACAUGCUGCAGCUACAAAAGGACAUUUUUGAUCAAAAAAGCAAGAAAAAAAUUCUGAUGAACCCUCAUUUACCGAAUUAACAUAUUCAGAAUAAUAGUUUUAAGUAGAAUAAGGGGAAAAGAAUUCGCAUAUAUAUAUAUGCAUAUAUGCAUCAGUGAAAAAAUUCGAAUAAAUAAAAGGGAUAAAAUAAAUAAGUGUAUUUUGAACUGAUAUUGAAGUAUUCUACGAGUAAUAUCUAGCAGAAUUUAUCAUAAUUAUUCUAUGUGUGAUUUAUAAAGUAUAUUGCAUCAAUAUUCAUUUAAGGGAUUCCUGAAUCCCGGUUAGAAAGACCAUCUGACAUUUCUAAAUCAAUAUUAUAGAGAAUUUCAAAAUCAUUAUGGAAAGGAUUACCUAAAAUUCCAAAAGGAUAAUAAUAUUAUUCUAAAUUAUUACCUUAAAAAUUGAUGCUUUACAAAUCAUGAUUUUAAAAUUUUACCUAAUAUCAGAAAGAUAAGUUAUAAUUACAAUAAGAGAAUUAUUUUUUUUUACAAAUAGUUUAUUAGAAUUUCUGAAGAUCUAAAUGACAUGCAAUAUCUUGCAAUACAGAACAACAAAUCAAAUAUUCAAAAAAUCCAACUUCGAAGAUAAUUCACUAUUUUCAGCAUUAUUCGCCUUAGCUCUUACUCAUCAUUUCGAUAAUUACUUGAACGACAGUUCCAGGAACAAAUAUGAUCGACCAUUUUCUCCUGGUAGCAUGGUUACCUUCACUUGCAUCUUUGUUACAAUCACUCUCGUUCUGACCACACUGGCCACUUCCUUCUUAUUGCUGAGCCUUCAUUCGAACGAAUGGGAAUAUAUGAGCUACAAAGUAGGAAGAGUUGAAAAAAUUGCUCAAACACAGAAUGUCAGUCUGCAGUGGCUCAAUGCAGAAGUUGCAAGAAUUGAAUAUACGGUUGGUCCAGAGGAAAAUUCAAACAUUGGUAAUGAAAGUCAGGUUUCCAAAGCAAAAAGCUCGGUCUUCUAUCUAGUGCCUGCUUAUGGUGGUGUCAGUAAGCUGUGCACAGAUGUAUCAGACUCUAUCCGACAAAAAAUGAAAGAAGAUGGCCAAGAAAGUGAAACUUGUAUUUCUUAUCUCUCCAACGAAAAAGUCGUAUCGAGAGAUUCCUGGCUUGAUCGAAUGCGAAAUUUGGCCAUGUCUUGUGCAAUCGUAUGCUUGAUACUUUUGGUCAGCUCUGCGCCUCUUGGAAUUUUAGGACUAAUAAAAAAACAAAUCAGUACAAUCAUGGUCACUGGCGUAAUGUAUAGUUUAGCAGCGGUAUUCGGCAUCUUCAAUCUGGUGUUCAUGCGCUUCAAGAGAGUAAAAUCUGAUGGCUUCUACACUAGCACAAGCUUGGACAAGGGGAUUCCUGAAGAUUUCCUGAAGACACGAGUGUUUACGGUGGGUUGGCCACUAUCGCUGGAGUGCGCUGGACUGUGUAUUUGUAUCUUGGCCAGUUUAUUUUGGCUUCUCCUGGCUAAGAUAUUCCGGUUCAUCAUAUUGAGCCCCACCCUCUCUUGAAGAUGACCAAUCGUGUACCUAUGUCUAUGUGAAUGAAAGUGAUGAGCCAGAAGUGUUGAAUUAUCUAAAACUUAUAAUAUCUUAUUACUGGAUAUCACAGAAUAUUGCAUUCCUAAACAACGAAUCCUGGUUACUGUUCUUGUUUUUACCAUGUCUGGAAUAUUUAUUUCCAAUCUUGUAUUAGAAUUAAAGAAAUAUGAAGAUCUAUAAGUUGCCCUAGCACUGAGUUCUGAAUCAGUUGUCAGUUAAUGGAUCAUGAAUAUUCUAAUAUAUAUUCAGAAACGAAUAACUAGUUUUCGAAACUUAUGAAAUGUUCUAAGAAAAGUACAAUUCAUUUAAGAAGCCAGCCAGUGUGUCAGUUAUAAAAGGACUUCCUGCACAACUAGACUAAAAAAAAUGUGAAAAAGUUUCUGUGAUAAAAAUUGGACAAAGUUUCAAUUUACUAACUCAAUGCUUUACGAGUGAUUGAAAUUCCGAACUGAAUCAAAAGACGUUUUCAGUACUUGCAAUAAAAGCAAAUGCUUAUUGCCAAACAAUGCUACAAAAACAAUUGUCUUCUUCAUAAACGUUGCAAUAAUAAUUUGCUUAAUUAAUACAUGUAUCCAAUUUGUAAAGUUCUGAAUAUAGUUCUUUCAAAGACAAAUAAUGAACAUAAGGGGAAAUAUGUAGAUUUAACUAUUUUCAAUAUAUACAACAUAUAGAAAAGCUGCUAGUGAAAGGAGGUUUUACUUUAUAAAGCAGUAAUAAUAAGAUUAUGUGAUUAAACAAAUGUUAAAGGAAUCUGAAAUGUAUUUAUAUAUAAAUAGAUAAUUCAGGUGAAAAAAAAACUUGUUUUGCAUCUGAAUAAGCUUGACAACAAAACAAACGGAAAAUGAUUUAGUUCUUGAUAUUUCUCAAUUUUCUUAGAACAUUCACUUUCAGCAGCGAUUUCUAACACUAAUGUUCUUAUG